GUGAUCAGUUUAGAACAGUUUUUGUGCUCGACACGAAAUACGAAAUAACCCGGUUCCGGAGUUCAAAACGUGCACAUUGCGUCCUCGCCGUCCAUAAACCGUAGUUCAAAGUGCAGUUGCAGUUGGAAAUUUCAGUGUUGUUGGCGUUGUACGACGAGUGAACGAUGGUUUGGGGAUUCGUUACUUGCGGCCCGAAUGAGGCGCUGGUGGUAUCAGGAUGCUGCCACAUGAAACCGCUGCUGGUGCCCGGUGGAAGAGCCUUCGUUUGGCCAUCGAUUCAACAAGUGCAAAGAAUCUCACUGAACACUAUGACGCUGCAGGUGGAAAGCCCGACCGUGUACACGAGCCAAGGUGUACCGAUCUCCGUAACUGGCAUAGCGCAGGUGAAGAUCCAGGGCCAGAACGAGGACAUGCUGCUGACGGCGUGUGAACAGUUUCUCGGCAAACCGGAGGCCGAAAUCCAGCACAUUGCCCUGGUAACGCUGGAAGGUCACCAGCGCGCCAUCAUGGGCUCCAUGACGGUCGAGGAGAUCUACAAGGAUCGCAAAAAGUUCUCGAAACAGGUGUUUGAGGUAGCGUCGUCCGAUCUCGUCAACAUGGGCAUCACCGUCGUGUCGUACACGCUGAAGGACAUUCGUGACGAAGAGGUAAGGGCCUCCCGGGGAUAUCUGAAAAGCUUGGGCAUGGCUCGCACGGCCGAGGUGAAGCGUGACGCACGGAUCGGCGAAGCGGAGGCACGCUGCGACGCAACAAUCAAGGAAGCGAUCGCCGAAGAGCAGCGGAUGGCGGCGCGGUUCCUGAACGAUACCGAGAUCGCCAAGGCGCAGCGUGAUUUCGAGCUGAAGAAGGCAGUGUACGACGUCGAGGUGCAGACGAAGAAGGCCGAAGCCGAGAUGGCGUACGAGCUGCAGGCGGCCAAAACGAAGCAACGCAUCAAGGAGGAGCAGAUGCAGAUUAAGGUGGUCGAACGCACGCAGGAGAUCGCCGUGCAGACACAGGAGAUGCAGCGCCGCGAGCGCGAACUGGAAGCCACCAUCCGGCGCCCGGCCGAGGCGGAAAAGUAUAAGCUCGAGAAGCUGGCCGAGGCGAACAAGGCUCGCGUCAUACUGGAGGCCGAAGCCGAAGCCGAAGCGAUAAAAGUACGUGGUGAAGCGGAAGCCUUUGCGAUUGCCGCCAAAUCGAAGGCCGAAGCCGAACAGAUGGCGAAAAAGGCGGAAGCAUGGCGGGAGUACCGUGAGGCCGCGAUGGUCGACAUGUUGCUCGAAACCUUACCGAAGGUUGCUGCCGAAGUUGCCGCCCCACUGUCGCAAGCCAAGAAAAUCACCAUGGUCUCGAGUGGCAACGGUGAGGUCGGUGCGGUAAAGCUGACCGGCGAAGUGCUGCAGAUCGUCAACAAGAUACCGGAGUUGGUUAAAUCGAUCACCGGUGUAGACAUUUCGCGGUCCAUUCACGCCGGUUAAAAGGCCUCGGUAGAACAAUAAAACCAACAGCACACUUAAAAAUUGUUCAUCGGGGUUCACUGCAAACAACUUCUAGUGUGUGAAACCAGCCAAAGCGAUCAAAUCGAACGAACGAAUGAAACGGUCGUCCCCUGCGGGCACGCCUGUGACGAUGACUCGCCAAUGGGCAGGUCACAUCGGGGACUGUCUAUUUGUUUUUUAAAUAUAUUUCACAAAACGAAAAUCGCGCAUAACACAAGUUAUCGAAAUUUCCAGUUAUUAAGUGACCAAUGGACAGCGGAAACCGAUUAAUUAAAUAUGAAUUGGAUAGGAGUCCGCUUUUCGAACGAUAAAUCGAUAUAUGUGUAUUAAAAACAUUAAUAUCUUGUUCUCGUUCAUGUGGAAAGUAGGUCUAUUCACUGCGUUAAAGCUUACGUAAUUUGGUGGUCAUAUCUUUUACAAUUAAAUAAUUUUAUCAUCACACGGAUCCCGUGGGGCUUAAUCAGUAUUUGACCCCGAGCUCCUAGCAACGUGCUUACUUCGUGAAGCAAUGCAAAGGAACUUUAUUAGUUUAAUAAGUUUAAAACAAUCCUCAAACUUGACGGCAGCAGCCAACGCAGUUUGUGUGUUCAGUGUACAGUCGGUGUCAUUCCGAUCGUUCCGGAUCCGGGAACCAUUGUUUUACCAAUGGUUUCUGUCCACUCGAUCCAGUGCCACUGCCUCGCGAUUCGAACGAUAUUUCUGUUUUGCACAAAUGUGUUCAUACUCUGGCUUUGCCCCGUUUGCCAUGAUGCUUGUUUCGAAGCCAUUUGGUGUAAUUAAGAAUCACAAAGAAAAUUAAAAGAAAAAAACCAUGAACCUUGAAUAUUUAUAUUAACUGGUCAAACGUGCGUACGUGCAAAUGUAGGAAGGAAGUAUCCAAACACCAACGACCGCUCGAAAAGCUGUUCAUAAUCGUGCCAUCUCGCAAAAGGUGUCCGAGUGCAUAAGACAAACGCCCGGCACGUGUGCUUCGCGCCAGGAAGGAACCUAGAUUCGAGUAAUCGUGGCGAAAGUCAAGCCUGAACAUACUGUCCAUCCAUUCAUUUGGCCUAUAAUCGUGUAGCUGAAACAAAAUCAAUGUUUGUUGUCAAACCCGAAACAGAUUAGAUAUUUUCUCAAGCAACGAGCGAAAAGAAUAUUAUAUUUUUAUAAUUUACGUACCUCUUUCACCAGCGGCCCACCGGGAAGAAACAUCUUGGUAGCUAGUGGUUACUGUGCAGCGGAGAACCGCGAUUCUAAAUAAAUUGCUUACCGCUAGUUGCGAAUCAUCAACUAAGAACAGUAGGCUGGAGUUAGUAACAAAAAUGCCUCAAACUCUGCUGGUGAAAAGAGCAAACUAGUUUAUAUUCACGUUAAAAUACUAUCCGGUGGAGGAAACUAUGCGUAAAACGUUGAUAUUGAGUAUCACUGUAUAAUCGUAGCAUGCCGCCAAAGCAAACGAUCAUCUCUCGAACUACAUUAAACGUCACUAGUAUGCAUAUUUGUUUCCCAGGAAAUGUUUCUAUCUCCAUUUGUGAACUUUUCCCCCAUUUCGGUACAAAAAAUCGUGUAAGAAGUAGUUAAAAUAGCAAAAGCAAUGGAAUAUGUAGAAAUGAAGGACGUGGCCCUCGGCUAUACUGCGCAACUAACUUCCCCUUUAUACCUUCGCCAAAUGGAUAGCGAACGUUACUUUUUCGUCAAUGCAAAAGAACCAAAGUGUAUGCUGAAAAUAGUGCAAUUCUUUGAACUUGAUUCAUUUCUAAGUCGAAAUAUUAUACGUACGAAAUGCACA